UGCACGAUGUUCCCAUUGCAAGGUGCCCAGAUGCUGCAGAUGCUGGAGAAAUCCUUGAGGAAGAGCCUUCCUACAUCCUUAAAGGUUUAUGGGACCGUCUUCCACAUGAACCAGGGGAACCCUUUCAAGCUAAAGGCCCUGGUGGACAGGUGGCCUGAUUUUAAUACAGUGGUUAUCCGCCCUCAGGAGCAGGACAUGACAGAUGAUCUUGAUCACUACACCAAUACUUACCAUAUCUACUCCAAAGACCUCAAAAACUGUCAGGAAUUCCUCAGCUUACCAGAAGUCAUCAACUGGAAACAGCAUUUGCAGAUCCAAAGUUCACAGUCCAGCCUGAAUGAAGUAAUACAAAGUCUUGCAGCCACUAAAUCCUUCAAAGUCAAGCAAUCACAAAACAUUCUCUAUAUGGCGAUUGAGGCAAUAAGGGAACUGGCUCCUUCCCUGCUGGAUGUAAAGAACUUAUCACUUAGCCAUGGCAAACCCAAGGCCAUUGACCAAGAGAUGUUUAAACUCUCAUCGUUGGAUCCUACCCACGCUGCCGUGGUGAAUAAAUUCUGGCAUUUCGGUGGCAAUGAGUGGAGCCAGAGAUUCAUCGAGCGCUGUAUCCGGACCUUCCCCAACUUCUGCCUGCUGGGGCCCGAGGGGACCCCUGUGUCCUGGUCCCUGAUGGACCAGACAGGAGAGAUGCGGAUGGGGGGCACCCUACCUGAGUACCGGGCCCAUGGUCUCGUCACCUACGUCAUCUAUUACCAGACCCAGGCUCUGAUCAAACGUGGCUUCCCCGUGUAUUCUCAUGUAGACAAGAAUAACAAAAUUAUGCAGAAAAUGAGUCACAGUCUGAAUCAUAUCCCUGUGCCCUGUGACUGGAACCAGUGGAACUGUGUGCCUCUGUGAAGCAGCCCUGAAUCCAAGACGGUACGGGAUGGGCCUGAGGAUGCAGCUGGAGGAGCCGACGGGUGGGUGGAGGGAAAGAACCAAUUGUAACUGUAAUCA